AAGGAACCAUGCUUGCUUAGAUACUGCAGAAAAACCAUCCAGCCAGACAGUGGGUACAGCUCACUUCAUUUCUUCACCAACAGGAAGAAGCUUCCUGCAGUAACUAUUACUGACCCUUUCUUCUAAACAAGAAUCAAUCUGUGCCCUCUCUGUUCUUUUUUUUGUCAACACCGACACUUGCCCUUCAAAAAAGAAAGAAAAAGAAAAAGAAAAAGGAACGGUAUGAGUGAGACUUUACAGAGUGAAAGUGGAUGAGCUAGCUUGCUUAGUUGAGUUUCUUUUUUCUUUUGCAAGAUUUCUUUUUCUUGCACUUCAAUCUAAUAACAUUCUCAUUAGAGACUCUGUGUGUGUGUGUGGUAGAGAAAUGGGUGGCCACCAUAGAAAUAUAUGGUCUUUCUUUGUAGUAGCUGUGUUGCUGGUGACUUGCAUUAAUGGAGAAGACCCUUAUAGAUUCUAUUCGUGGAAUAUUAGCUAUGGUGAUAUCUACCCACUUGGUGUAAAACAACAGGGAAUAUUAAUAAACGGGCAAUUUCCAGGGCCACAGAUUGAGUCAGUGACCAAUGAUAACUUGAUUAUCAAUGUUUUCAAUAGCUUGGAUGAGCCUUUCCUCAUCUCUUGGAAUGGUGUGCAGCAGAGAAGGAACUCAUGGCAAGAUGGUGUCUAUGGCACCAAUUGCCCCAUCCCACCUGGGAAAAACUUCACUUAUGUGCUUCAAGUGAAGGAUCAGAUCGGCAGCUACUUCUACUUCCCUUCCCUGGGCAUGCACAAGGCUGCAGGAGGCUAUGGAGGCUUCAAAAUCGCAAGUCGGUCAGUCAUUCCUGUACCAUUCCCUCCUCCAGCUGGUGAUUUCACCGUUCUCGCGGGUGAUUGGUUCAGGAUGAAUCACACUGAUCUAAAAGCAAUUUUGGAUGGUGGAAGUGAUCUUCCUUUUCCUGAUGGGCUGCUUAUUAAUGGCCGUGGAUCAAAUGGGUACACAUUUUCAGUGGACCAAGGCAAGACUUACAGAUUUCGGAUAUCAAAUGUGGGGCUUACAACUUCCAUAAAUUUUAGAAUCCAAGGGCAUAAAAUGUUAUUAGUGGAAGUUGAAGGCACUCACACACUCCAGAACACUUAUGAUUCCCUUGACAUUCAUUUGGGGCAAUCUUAUUCUGUGUUGGUUACAGCUGAUCAACCAGCACAAGAUUAUUACAUAGUCGUGUCAACACGAUUUACCUCUCAAGUCUUCACAACAACCUCCAUUCUUCAUUAUAGUAAUUCAGCAGGAAGUGUCUCAGGUCCUCCCCCUGGUGGGCCAACUAUUCAGAUUGACUGGUCUCUUGAGCAAGCCCGAUCUAUUAGGCGGAAUCUAAGUGCAAGUGGCCCAAGACCUAACCCCCAAGGGUCUUACCAUUAUGGAUUGGUCAACACAACUCGUACAAUUAGAUUACAAAACUCUGCUUCAAUGAUUAAUGGCAAGCAGAGGUAUGCUGUCAAUAGUGUGUCCUUCACCCCUGCUGAUACUCCUCUUAAACUUGCUGACCACUUCAAUAUCCCUGGAGUUUUCUCCCUCGGAAGUAUCCCUGACAACCCCACCGGUGGAGGUGCUUACCUCCAGACUUCUGUCAUGGCUGCUGAUUUUAGAGGUUAUGCUGAAGUUGUUUUUGAUAAUCCAGAAGACACUCUGCAGUCAUGGCACAUUGAUGGCCACAACUUCUUUGUCGUAGGGAUGGAUGGUGGGCAAUGGUCGCCAGCCAGCAGAUUAAGUUAUAAUCUGAGAGAUACAAUUUCUCGUUGCACAGUUCAGGUCUAUCCCAAGUCAUGGACUGCGGUUUACAUGCCAUUGGACAACGUUGGGAUGUGGAAUGUAAGGUCUGAGAACUGGGCUCACCAGUAUUUAGGACAGCAAUUUUACCUUCGUGUUUAUUCUCCAGCAAAUUCAUGGAGAGAUGAAUAUCCAAUCCCAUCAAAUGCACUUCUGUGUGGUCGGGCAGCAGGUCGUUGAACCAGGCCUGUACGGUUAGAGGACUGAAAGAAUGAAUGUCAUGAAAGGUUGACAUGAUCUUAGUCUGUCCAUGGAGUGCAGAUUUUUAUCAGGAAAAAGAGCAAAUUUUAACCUAUGUAUUGCAUACUUUUCCCUGUUUCUUCAUCUCAUACAUCACUUCCGGCCUGAUAGUCCAUUGUAAUAGCCCGAGCUAGCUAGAUUCUUUACGUCAUAAUAUUAUUUGUUGUAAACUCCGCAUUCAUUCUAUAUAAUUCAAAUUUUCAGGCUA